UGAGUUAAACCUAGAUCAAGACUUGACGGAUCCUCCAAUUUCACUUCAAGUUACUUUAUCAACUGAACCUGAUCCCACUAUGCUCGAGUCCGAAUACACAUCAUCAGCCACACCUAUUGAUAUACCCAAAUCACAAUCCUACUUAGAUAUGCCAGCCUAUGAUUCCAACUAUGAAGCCUUUUUAUCUAGUGCUCUUUCCACUUCCUAUACAUCCUCGAUCAAUGCUCCCGAUUUUGCAUCAUAUAACAGUCUUUCUAACCUUCGUUCACCCUUGAUCGCAACGGACGAUUUGACAUCUUGGUUCGACGCCCUUGCCGUUCGAUCCCCUUCAGGCUCGAUCUAUUCCAACCCAAUUCACAGCCCAUUACAGAUCGGAAGCCCACAAUCGCCAUUAUGUUUCAGUGGCGCAAGUUCACCCAACAAUUUCUUGGCAGGCAGCAGUCCCUGCUCGUCUCAAUUUCUUGGCAGUCCCCUGCUACACGAUCCUCAGGCACUCAAUUAUCUUUCACCCACCCUUCGGCCGACCUUACUUCGAUCAACUUCACCAUUAAGCAGCCCACGAUUGGGUCCUCAAUUCUUACCUCUCCAUCCAUCCACUCUCUCGCCACGACCGAACAAGACGACAGACGACGUGAUCCUGACGGCGACUGAAUUGAACGAUUUCACGGCCUCACCUUACCUUACUGCAGUUCCAGACGAGGAGGCGCCAGUGGCGACCACUGAUGGCUUUGACGAGAUCUCUGAUCUGCUCUUUGGCAAUGUUCAUAUGGAUGAUUUGGAACUCUUUCCACCUGCUGUGUUACCCUCCGCGCCACAUACACAGCCACAACCUGCAUCGUCUGACAUUAAAAAGCCUAAACGAAAGACAGUGGCGACAACAAAACGAGGCAAGAUCCAUAAAUGUCCCUAUUGCGACCACACCAGUAACAGGGCAAAUAACAUGCGCGAACAUACUCAGAUCCAUAACCCAAAUAGACCUAAACCAUUCUGUUGCAAGAUAUGUAAGAGAGCAUUUGCAAGGAAGCAUGAUAUGAAGCGACAUUAUCUCUCUUGUAAGAAACAUUUAAGCAAACUUCAAGCCAUUUCUGUAUAGAACCCCUUUUUUUUAUUAUAUGUGUAUGUAUAUUUUUGUAUAUAUUUAUUUAUAUAGACUUUCUUUUUUCUACUCC